AUGGCCAAAACAUACCUUCUUUCCCGUACGCUCGACCCAAUCUUAGGUGUAUUUACCGGUCUACUGGCAUUCCACUUGAACGAGACCAACCCGCGCUCCGCACCUUCACCUGGUCAUACACUCCGUGAACUCGUUGCGUGGAAAUGGACUCAGAGUAAGGAAAUGAGACAGCAGAGAGAUAAGGAGGAUGAAGGUGAUUGGGAGAGGGUGACGAGGGAGUUGGGCGUAGCGGAGGGUGAGAGGAAUUUGCAAUUCAUUCACGGGAAAGCUGACGAUAAUUAG